CAUCCCUCCCCCGCCCGGCAGCCGGCCACACUCUACGAGCCGACCGGGCCGCCCGAGCGCACUUAUAAGGUGGUCUUCGCCGGCGACGCGGCAGUCGGCAAGUCGACCUUCAUCACGCGCGUCUGCAGGGGCGUGUUCGUCACCAACAUCAGCUCCACGCUCGGUGUCGAUUUCCAGGUGAAGUCGCUCUGCGUGGACGACAAGAAUGUAGCCGUCCAGCUGUGGGAUACUGCUGGUCAGGAGCGGUUCCGAAGCAUUACCAAGUCAUACUUCCGGCGCGCGGAUGGCGUCAUGCUGUUGUAUGACGUCACCAGCGAGAGGUCCUUCGUGAGCGUGCGGCAGUGGGUGCAGAGCAUCGACGUAAGUGACGUUAUAUUUGAAAUAUAUGCACGGCAGACUGCUGAUUCGUGA